AUGCUCAACAGCUGUAAGUUGCAGUCCAGGAACGGCUCCAAGCCUAUAGUUAAACAAGCGAGCUUUUUAACUCAUGCAAACAUACUGUUGAGAUGUCAUAGACAAGCUGCUUCUCGGCUCGGUCGCUGUGCAUGCAUACGAGCGAAGCUCGAGCAAGCAGAAGUCGCGACCCAGAAAACUAAAGAUGAAGUAGUUGUGGAGCGCGUAAGCAGCACUGGGGGCAGUCGGAAGGCGUUUGCCAAGGCUUUCACGGCAAUAUUGGGCCUCAAACUCGCAAAACCAGAGGACUUGGACCCGGAAACGCUGCUGAACCCGCCGUUCCCGCGGUACCAAGUCCCGGGCUCCGACUUGGCGGUGCAGAAGCUAAGGCCGUACUUCUUCAACCGCACGUACACCGAUACAGACGUUGGCUACCUCGCUUUUUUCGCAGCCAUGCACCUUGUCGCAGUCAUCGGUGGACCGUUGACCUUCAGUUGGGAGGCCCUGGAGGUUUGCUUGGCGGGCUAUGUGUUGACGGGCAUGUUGGGCAUCUCCGUCAGCUACCAUCGGCAGCUGUCCCACAAGUCCUUCCGCUGUGUGAAGCCGCUGGAGUACUUCUUGGCCUAUUGCGGAGCUCUGGCCUUUGAGGGCGACCCCGUGGAAUGGAGCAAGAUGCAUCGCUGGCACCACAUGCACUCGGACACCACCGCGGACCGCCACUCACCCCGGGACGGUGUUUGGCACUCCCAUAUGGGUUGGCUCUUCGAUGAAAGCCUCAACAGCACCAGGCGUGAUGCCAAUGGCAAUAUGAAGGACAGUCUGUCACCCCCCUGGUUUUACAAGGAGUCUCCUGAGUUCUACAGCUGGUUGAGGGCCACCUACAUGUACCACCAGAUCGGCCAGGCGGCAUUCUUCUUCGCACUUGGCGGCGUGCCGUACUUGGUGUGGGGCUUCGUCAUCCGGGUGUUGCUCACCAUGCACAUGACCUGGCUGGUGAACAGCGCCGUGCACAUCUGGGGCGAGCAGCGGUACGUGUCCAAUGACAACUCCCGGAACAACUGGAUUGUGGGCCUGCUGGUCUUCGGCGACGGGGGUUUCGGUGUAAAACUACGCAUCAUCUGCCAAUGCCGUCAACACAUCCCCAGGCAUCACAACAACCACCACGCCUUCGAGUACUCCGCGGCGCACGGUCUGGAGUGGUGGGAGAUCGAUAUGUCGUACUACUUCAUCCGUGGUCUGGAGCUUUUGGGCCUUGCGUGGGAUGUACGGCGCCCUAGUCCUAGCCAGCUGGUCGCUAAGCGCAUUCCGCCCUCCCCAAGUGCCGGGGCGUCAAGGUGA